AUGCAUCUGUUUGAGCCGGAAAACAAUAUCAAAGAAGUAGAGGAAAGUGUAAAAGUAUUAAAAGAUGCAUCUAAGACGAGAAAAGUAGCAGCAGAGAAGGUUCUGUCUGCACUUUCUGUCAUUGAGAAAGCAAAAAUUGAUCCUUCUGGCUUUCUUGAAACCCUGGUUGGCAAUGAAUCCCCUGGGAGGACAUGGAUGCUAAUUUUCACCGCUGAGAUUAACGAUUCCACACGAAUGAGACUUGCCGUGGAUCUGGUUUUAGAGGAGUACAACGAUUUGUGUCUCGAAGUUGUGGGUCAAGAAUUUUCUCAUGAAGGGGUUAAUAGCGAGCAUACAUCAUAUGAUCAGUAUGAGCAGGAGGAAGAAAAAUAUGAGGAAGUUGACGUGGAUUAUAUGGAUGAGAACGACACAAGUGUGGAACCAAUGUUUGAUUAUCACGGCUUCGAUGAAGGGUAUAACAUUGACUCACUUGAAGACAUUGGGAUGAUUGAAUUUUGGAACAUCAGGGAUGAAGAUGUAUGUCAUUUUCACUUUUCUGAUGUCGACAUUGCAUUUGAGUUCUACAAUAGAUAUGCAAGGACAAGAGGCUUUAGUGCUCGGAAGAACAGGAGUAGGAAAAGUCGUGCGGGCGCACUUAAGUUGAAGAAUUUUGUAUGUCAUCGUGAAGGAUUUAGACUGCAAAAUAAUUACGGCAUUGGAAACCUUAAGAGAAAACCUACACACGAGACAAGGUGUGGCUGCAGUGCAAUGAUGGAGAUUCGUGUAGAUGCACCUAGUGGUCGUUGGUUUAUUUCCUAUUUUUCUGAUGAACACAAUCAUCCGCUUCUGGAUCCUCGGUUGACUGGAUUGCUCCCUGGGCAUAGAUUCAUGUCCGAGGCUGAUAUUGGCCACAUGGUUAACAUGAAAAAGGGUGGGAUUAGUGUUGGGCAGAUAUAUCGGGCAUUAGCAAAUCAGGCAGGUGGCUACGAGUAUCUCUCUUUCACGCAAAGGGACAUGUACAAUAAAAUAGCAAAGCAGAGGCGCCAAUUACCCGGUGAUGCAUAUGCAGCUUUGAAGUAUCUAGAAGAUCAAGCAACAAAUGACCCUUCUCUCUAUUUUAAUCAUCACAUGGAUGCCGAUGGUACUUUGCGCAAUUUAUUCUGGUGUGAUGGUCUCAGUAGGGCAGACUACUCAUUAUUUGGCGAUGUGCUGGCUUUUGAUGCUACCUAUAAGAGGAAUAAAUAUAUGUGUCCACUGGUGGUAUUUUCUGGUGUCAAUCAUCACAAUCAAACAAUUAUCUUUGCUGCUGCUUUAAUUUGCGAUGAGGAAAAAGACACAUAUAGGUGGUUGCUACAACAACUGAAAGUGGCAAUGAAUGGGAAAGCACCUGUUUCGGUGAUCACGGAUGGUGAUUUAUCAAUGAAGUUCGCCAUUGAGAAAGAAUUUCCUAAUGCACAUCAUAGAUUAUGUGCAUGGCAUUUGAUUCGUAAUGCAAUAAGUAACAUUGGCAAGCCCCAGUUUACCUCCAUGUUUAAAAAGUGUAUGCUAGGCGACUAUGAAAUUGAUGUAUUUCAUCAAAAGUGGUUUAAAAUGGUUGAGAGAUUUGGUGUCGAAAACAAGAAUUGGGUCCUAGAUAUGUAUAAAAAGAGACAUUCAUGGGCAACUGCACAUAUAAGAGGGAAGUUUUUUGCUGGUUUCCGGACUACUUCUCGGUGCGAGGGAUUAAACUCGAUCAUUGCAAAGUAUGUCAACUCAAGGUACAAUCUGGUUGAGUUCAUUCAACACUUUAAUCGUUGUGUCGACCAUAUGAGGUGGAAAGAGGUACAGGCUGACCUCGCUUCUGUGAAUGGGAGACCCAGUUUGCAAACCUAUUUUCAACAGUUAGAGAGGAGUGCUGUCAAUGUUUACACCCUAUCAAUAUUUCAUAUGUUCCAACCAAUCCUUGUACGGGCUGCAUCAAUGAAGGUAAUAAAUAUGAGGCAAACUGGCUCUUAUGUGAUUUACUCUGUCGAUUUGGACCGAAUGUCAAAUGAGAUGUGGUGUGUAUUCUGUUGUGACAAUGAGAUGGAAUUCAAUUGUUCAUGUAUGAGAAUGGAAUCACUUGGCAUACCUUGUGAACACAUAGUUUGCGUCUUGGUGCAUGAAGAUAUAGAGGAGUUGCCAAGGUCAUUAGUCUUGCCUCGGUGGACCAAGACUGCCAAAGUUAGUUUCCAAAAUGCUCGAGGGCUUCAUUGGGAUUCUUUGAUGCUAAGUCAAUAUGGUUGUUUGAUGGAUUGGUUUAGACAACUAGCCAACUUUGCUUGUCGAGAUAACGAGAGAUUUAUCUUUACACGGGAAAUGGCUAUGAAUUUGUUGAAACAAUUUAAGGAGGAAGAUGCUGCACAAAAAGAGUUGGUCAAUGAUGCAGAUAUUGUAAGAGAUGGUGUGUGA